UGGCUGCUUGACGUACAAAUUGUGCGAAAAGGGAAAAUUCGUUUGGUUUGUUAUGCUUUAUGGUUUACAUUUUUCCGAUAAAAGUGUAGUGAAUAUCUUUCAUGAUGUGGCCACCAGUAUUGGAUAUGACACGAGAUGAGUGUCGUGGCGUUCUAAGACGUUUGGAAUUAGAAACUUAUUCCAACGUUGUGAGCACAUUUCGAGCACAGGGAGGACUGAGUGAUGUAAAGAUCAAACUCCUGGAGGAGCUAAGGAAUGUAUUUCACAUAUCGACGGAUCGACAUCGUGCUGAGGCGCGAAGAGUAGCAAAUGACGAACAGCUAUGCACAAUAGCUGAAACUUUCAGAAUAUCAGGCCCAAAUACGACACAGGAAUGGAGUCGAGAAGGUAGGCGGCCUUUCCCGCUAUUGCCCCGCGUACCGCCAUUCACGGCUUUUUCGGCUGUUGCUAACGGAGUAGCUGAGAUGGCCAAGCACGAGAAUGCCAUACUACCAUAUCCUUCGGAAACGUCAACAACACGGAAGGCACGAGGCGCGGACACUGAACAAGAUACUAAGCAGAUUGUGAAACAAGAUCCUGCUUUAUUGAGUGUCGAUGAAAAACGGAACCUAAAACGACAAGCGCAGCAACUUGCAGACACUGCGAAUCCAACCUCGCCCACCAAUAAAAAACGAACUAUAAGCGGCAGUGGUGGUAGCGAAAAUGCUCAACAAUCGCACUUCCAAUUACAUACAAACACAAAAAUUCAACAACUAUACCACAACCAUAGUAAAACCCAGUCACGUCACAAGAAAUCCAAUAUAGCAAAGCGUGGAAUGAGUGGUAAUAUGAAAGUCAUGGCAAAAAGUUCUGCAGCAUUAAACACGAAUCAGGCAAAAGUGCAAGGUAUUCCGAAAACACAGAAGUUAUCUGAUUCACUAGGUGUGCCUCUUAACAAGAAUAAUUUACCUACACCGAGAAAUCUUCACACAUAUGCCAGCAUGCCUCAGCAAAGUGUGCAGUAUGAAAAUUACUUGGGAAAUGAGAAGUCAGGAAAACUUAUAGUUGAACCGCCGGAAGGCGCUACAAACAAUUGGCCACAAAUUGCUACUUCGAAAAAAGAUAUUACUAACAAUCUGUCAAAACUGAAUAUGAUGUCCAAUUCACAGUUGCAUUCAAGCCCCAGUUCGAUUGUUGGCGAUGGAGGACGGAUUGAAGCGUCCAUUCCAACGAAUAUUUUUAAUUCGGAAGGACGUCCUCUGCUGAAUAACGUAAUGAUUGCCAAUCCAACAUCCUGGGUCCCGAAAACACAAGCAGCCUCGACACCUAUUGGACAUCGUCCGGGGAAAACAUCGAAUCCAAACUCAUGUUCGUCGAAAAUCACUACUAAUACCAAGCAGUUACAACAAACUCAGCACCAACCUAGUCCGAACAGUAGUGCAAUACCUUUGCCCGGUGGGUACAUAAACAUAAAUCAGAAGGCGGUGAAGCCGGAAAAUGCUACAGUUGUGAAUUUGAACGAAAGGAAGGAAAUUGAAAUGACAAAUGCGAGUGUAGUUGCCACAACAGCGUUUACUCGCCAAGAUUCAAUUUCUGAUGUUGAUGGAAGUGCCAAUAAGCCGACAAUUAUCGGCUCUGGUAAUUUUGACUUGAAGACUAACUCGGAAAGUACUCCGUCGAAUUUGAGCGGAUCUUUGACUUGCGGAACGAAACCAAAAAUUCAAAUUCAUAGCAAUCAAACAAUUAGUCCAGGGUAUGGAAGUAUUAAAUUUACCACAGGCAUGCAAUUGAAAGGAAUUACAGGUCGCAAAGCGGUACAAAUCGUUUCAUCGCCCAGUGGCAAAGUUUUCAUCCAACCGGCGGACAGUUCAAAAUCUCAAUCAGGUAUAACACCAGGGUCGAGUAAUUUAACCACAACACAAAACCGGUAUGCUUUGCAGAAAGUGCAAAUUGUACCCUCAUCGAGCACAGCUCCUAUGAAACCAAUUAGUCUGAAUAAAUCUGAUAUGAUUUUGAUGCCAGGUAGUGUUCUGUCGCCGACCACGAAUUCUGGUAAUAUCGUAGUGCGUAAUAUUCCAAUGAUGAAGCAGAGCAAACGACUUCCCACGGCCAUCAUAAAUAAACCUAUAUUAAAUGAGCUGAGCAGCACUAGCAGUAGUUUCGUUAAAAAUCAAAAUGUAAUUGUGAUUGGUGCUAUACCAACUGAGAAAAACAUAAAGGAUGCAAGCAAUAAAAAUCUGUUGGAAGCUAACAUGAUCACAGAAGACACGCCGGUCGACAUACUGACAACACCCGUAUCAAACAUUGAAAACACUAUUCAGAUGACAACGCCUACUUUAAGUAAAGAAACAUCCGCGAAAUAUGAAAUUAAGUCACCGAUCACUGUGUUACAAACCGUUACUAGCCCUAAUGAAGACAUUAACAAAAGAGUGUUGGCGAAGGAGGACCAGGCAGGUUACUUGGCAGAGAACCAUAAACCACAGCAACAAUCGAUAUCAAAUGCAGAGAUAAUGACCACAAUCAGAGACAACGUUGAAGUGAUGGACUCUGAAAAUAAUUAUAUUGUCAGCUCAACUGACUGGGAAGUUGAGCUGGAUCAGCAAGCGGCAAAUAAGAAUCGGAGAAAUCAAACGGCUGCUGCACGCGAAGUACGUCUGCAGCAAAUACAGAGCGACGAUGUUUCCAGUGCACUGGUAACGGCGGAAGACGAAGAAAGUAAAGAUGGAAACGAAGCAUCACAGCAGAUCAUUGAUAACUUUCACGAUGUCAUUGAAGAAGACACUAUUUACGAGGAGAGCAUAAUCAACGAAACAACCGAGGGAGAGGACGAUGUGGACUUCGAUGUUUCAUAUGGAUCGGCGCAAGAAGAGAUUGAAGAUAAUGUUGCAAUAGAAUACGUGGAAGACGGCGGAACAUCGUCAGAUAUUUUGAUAGAAGAAUAUGGCGAAGCUGGAAAAUUUGAUACCGAAGAAAAUAAUAGAAGUCACGUAAAAACGUUGCCAGUAUCGCAAGCACAAACCAUAAUAUACUCAACCAACAACUCAGAUAGCAAUUCUAGAGGUAAAGUCUUUCAGUCUUCAGAAUCGUCAUCAUCCGUGAUAUAUGAGAUUGACGACGGUUUCAAUCAGAUUAAUCGAUAAGACUUAACAUCCAAGGCAUAUCCCCGAGUGGCGGUAGCAGAGA